AUGAACCUCAAAAACUACAUGCCGAGCAUCGUGUCGGAGGUGCGGCAGUUCAGCCGUGCGUACGUCGACUCGCUCGUUUCCCCCGGCGAAGGCAAGCAUCAUGACGAAGCGGAAAGUGUUGCCGCACAGACAAAGCAAGACGUCCCUUCGGCGGUGGCGGCGGCGGCUUCUGUUUCCUUUUCAACACGGCACAUACCACACACACAAACCAGCGCCCACGUUGGUGUUGGGAAAGGUCGUGUCGAUGGCACUAGUAGUAACAGCGGCAGUAACUGGGCCUCUCGCCGUGCGGGGGCGGUAGAGAGUUAUGAGUAUGAACCGGACUACAUGGAGCGGCCUGGCGUCUCCUCCGCACCGCCACACACGUACGCGUCAACACCGAUUGGGAGUGCAUCACUGGCGGCAAGCCAUGAGGUGCAGGAAGAGGGUUCUAGGCCUGGGGUGACGAGAGCAGGGCGGGGGACUGCCGCCCUGCCGCAAGCCGACUCCACAUCAACAACAGUAGUGCCGGAGUCGACAGGACUUCGAAGGACUAUUAGAAAGAAACCUAAGGCGUCUCGCUCUAGGUUUGGCGCAGUGAAGCUGGAGCCAGAGGAGGAGGCGGAGGCGGCGGCGGAAGUGGUGGUGGCUUCCGCUUCAUCUGUUGCUCUUGACACUGGUUCUGGAGUGCCCUCAAUCGGGAUGCCCCAUUGUAGUCGCAGUAGCAGCAGCAGCGCUUGUCAACGUGAACAGCAAUGCACAACGGCUGCAGUCACUUCCGCUCCCAUUGCUGCUCCUGCUCCCGUUGCUUCUGCUGCUGUCUCUGUUACAACGCCACCACCACCACCACCAACAGCAGCAGUAGCAGAAAAAGUAGUCAGUUCCACUUUAAACAAAGAGUUGCAGGAAUGGAGUAAUAAGCGGGACGCAAUACUGUGUCUUCUUCGCAGCAGCGCGGCGCGGAGGAUGACACCGGUGUUAUUCAACUGGGUGCAAGAAGCUUUAUCUUUUUUUGCUGUCAAGGUCGCUGGUGGAGCUCUGGCAUCCGUCGUGGAUGACGAUAGCGCUGCCAUGAUGUCAUCUGAAUUGUCUCCGGUAGGUGACUAUGUCGAGCGUGUCUGGCACGAUGCGGAGUCUGUGGUUCGGCCAUGCGUAGCUCACGCUGUCCCACCUGAGGUGUUUGGGCCGUGCGCACCCGCUGAUGUUACCGAUGUGGCUGCUGCUAACGAUUCAGAGUCGUGUGAAGAAUUUGUCUUCACUUCGUGUCGAGGAGAAGGGCCACUGUGGCACACGCUCCAUGACACGUUGGCUAUAGUACGGCGCUGGCGCGACGAAAAGAGUCUGCAGCAGCUGCUGCUGCUGUCGCCGUUCCCGGGGCGUGCAGUCGAGCGUGGUAUGUUGAAUCUUCUGUCAUUGUGCUUUGCGCCACUCCUGCAGACGGCGGUGGAGCAGAGCCACCAUGUAAUAUGGCGCACUCCCCCGCAGCAGAAGCAGGAGAUGAAUAUGAGGGCGCUGAAGGCGUGGGCAUGUGAAAUCGUGAGGACGUUCUGCGCAGCCCUCAUGGAGGUGGAUGCAGAGUCGCGCCGGGUCGCACUCGGUGUCAACGCUGGUGAUGCGAGCGCACGCGUUGACGAUGCAGUGGGCUCUGUGCACAACGGCACCGCUGCGCUGUGGCUCAUGCGUGAGGCGACCGUUUUGACGUUGCUUGUACUUUGGUCCCUACAGAAGUGUGCUGCGUGA